AAACUCUUAUAAUUGUGAGAUUAAUGCUUUUGAAAUAUUCACAACAAAAUAUUAAUUUUAGAAUUAGUCCACGAAGAGUGUUUUAACAUUAUAAAAGGGCAUAAACUUAAGCUAGAGAACACAUCAAAAUAUUGUGGAAUAUUGUGGUCUGAGGGAAUCAUGGGAGGCUUUUACGUUUAUAUCGGUUUCAGUGUUUAUGUAAUUGUUUCAUUUCUUGUUAAUGCAUAUUCAAAACCAGAAGAUGCUACAAAAUCUGUUCAUAUUGUGUACAUGGGAGCAACACAUUCGUCAAACGGUGUUCGAAGAACAGAUCACGUCGAUCUUCUGCAAACACUCGAAAAAAGGAGCUUUGGUUGUGUUUUACGUACCUACAACAAGAGUUUUCUAGGAUUCACAGCACUUUUAUCAAACGAAGAAGCGAAAUCAAUGGAAGAAAAUCGUGGAGUGGUGUCUGUUUUUCCAGACUCAGGUUUACAACUCCACACGACUCAUUCUUGGGAUUUUUUGUGGAAGCAAGAUGCUUCAAGAAUUAUCAAUAAAACAUUAUCCCCUCCUUCUUAUACAUCAAAUUUUUCAUCCGAAAAUGACGACACUAUCAUUGGGAUCAUAGAUACAGGAAUUUGGCCUGAAGCUCCUAGUUUCCGGGCCACUCCAAGUAUGCGUCGAAUCCCAAAGCGUUGGAAAGGAGGUUGCAUGGGGGGACCAAAUUUUACUUGCAACGGGAAAGUGAUUGGAGCAAGGUACUAUGAGAAUGAAUACACUCCAGGCGAUCUCACAUCAGCUAGGGACGAGUGGGGGCAUGGAACACACACUGCAUCAACUGCGGCCGGUAUGCCUGUCGGUGGAGCAUCGUACUAUGGGUUGGCCGAGGGGACCGCAAGAGGGGGAUCCCCAAGUGCAAGAAUCGCAAUGUAUCGUGUUUGCGGAGCUAAUAAUUGUACGAUAUCAGCAUUACUCAAAGCAAUUGACGAUGCAAUUGAUGAUGGGGUCGAUGUGUUAUCCAUGUCGUUAGGCAUGCCUGAAGAAAAUUUUCUCGCUAAUCCAAUCGUUCUUGGAGCCUUCCAUGCUGCGCUUAAAGGUAUCACCGUUGUGUGCUCCGCGGGGAACGACGGCCCUUCUCGUAAGACGGUUGAAAAUUUUGCCCCUUGGAUACUAACUGUUGGUGCAACCACUAUCGACCGCGAUUUCGAGGCCGAUAUUAUAUUGGAUGGGAGAACAAAGAUUAAGGGUGGAGGCAUAAACUUUUCCGGCCUCAGUAAAACUGCCAUUUAUCCUUUAAUUUAUGGAGCAAGCGCAGCUUCCAACCGCCAUAAUCGAUACAAUGCAAGCCAUUGUUUCCCAGGUUCACUAGAUCACCGCAAAGUGAAUGGAAAAAUACUUUUAUGCGAAAAUGAUGAUGACGACUAUGGAUCAACAGAAAAGUUCGAGUCACUAAAGACACAAGGGGGCGUUGGUAUUAUAGUGAUUGGUGACUUUCAACGCCGAGUGCCGUUUUCUUAUGGAACUUAUGCAAUUGCCACUGUGAGCAAAGAAGAUGGAGCUCAAAUACGAACUUAUAUAAACUCAAACAGGAAAGCACUGGCAACAAUUUUACCAACUGCAACGAUCCUGAAUACCAAGCCAGCACCUGUUGUUAUAUUCUUUUCUUCAAGAGGCCCACCACAUGGCAUUAACAAUCUUAUCAAGGGCAACCUCCAAGGUCGCCUAGGCGUGAUUAAAACUUGGCUACCAUCUAGCUCGCCUAGUCGAUUAUUGUUGGUCCUUUUGUAUCCUGAUGUUGUCGCACCUGGUGUUGGCAUCCUCGCAGCAUGGCCACCAUUAGAUGAUUAUCAAAAGAUCAACGGUACAAAUCCACCCGGCUUCGCUAUAGAUUCAGGCACAUCAAUGUCUUGCCCGCAUGUUUCCGGGCUCGCCGCACUUGUCAGAUCUCGAUAUCCCAAAUGGGGUCCCUCGGCUAUUAGAUCGGCGAUAAUGACAACAGCAAUUCCAACCAACAAUCUACAAGGCCCAAUUACAACAGAUGACGGAAUAAUAGCUACUCCUUACGAUAUUGGUUCAGGGGAAAUAAGCCUCACAGCCUCACUACAGCCAGGGCUCGUGUACGAGACAGACACCGCCGAUUAUAUCCAAUUCCUUUGCAACAUGGGAUACAACACGUCUACAAUUCAAACCAUGGCGUCGAAUUAUAUUCCUCACGACUUUUCUUGUCCUUGUGAUUCGCAUCCUGGUUUGAUCUCCAAUAUGAACUAUCCUUCAAUAGCCGUGUCCGGAUUGAAAGCAGGUGGAAAACCAAAGACGGUGCAAAGAACAGUAACAAAUGUUGGCGAACCAAACUCCAUCUACACCGUAUCCAUUGAGGCUCCACGUGGUUUGGAAGUUGAAGUAGAGCCAAAAGAACUACAGUUCACCAAAAAUAACAAACAAAGUUUUCAAGUGACAUUUAAGAUCAAUACAUCGUUCACUGGUGAAAAACAGUUGUUUGGUUCACUCACAUGGGUAAGUUCAAAGCACAAAGUUCGGAGCCCAUUUGCUGUGAGCAAUUAAGGAAAGAAGUUGACGGACUAGAUGACUUGUGACAUCACUAUCUUACUGUUGAUCAGAAUAAAAGAUAGCCAAGGCUUACAAAUAAAAAGCAUAUAUUUGCUUGUAAUAGCUUGUUAAAAUAAAUAAAAUAGAUGAGUUAUGAAAUGUGAUGAAUAAAAGUAAUGAUUUUUAUAAAUGAUGACUCUCUGCUCUGAUUAGCUUGUCCUUAAGUGCCUUUUAUAACUGUUGACAAAAAUAUUGUGUUCAGACGCGCUUGAGACUUUAUUGAUUUUCUUAGUACAAACUCUCAUGUGUCAAAUGUACUUGUUGGAUUAAUUGAUAUGUAGUUAU